CAGCCUUAAUACUACAAGGACUCCAGAGAUAUAUUUCUACUAAAUAUAUUUUGGGUAGAAUAUGUUAAUGCUGUUGACAAUGAUGCUAAUGCUUGAAAUGGUAGGUUUAAGUAUGUCCAUGGCCUGAUUAGUCAGGAAAAGAACGUCUCAGAGAUUCAAAGCCACUUCAAACAGAGGGCACACUGGAACUGGGCGGUGUAGAAUAGGGUAGUGAAGCAGUCGUAGGCGAAUGAUGCUGAGUCAUCAUGGUGAACAAGGCAAUUCAGUGCAGGGAGAGUCAGGACAGGAAGUGGACACCCUGUUUUGAGCCGUCUGCUGAUUAAUUAUGCAUCGGAUGGGGAGGAGUCUGGCUAGAGAUGAAGUCUGACACAAACACGGGAUGCUGCAGUUUGAACCGACAAGUACCAAAGAUCAACACUUCCUUUAAAAGCUGAAGUACCUCUCUGAAACAUGACGAUGGGAGUUAGAUGGGACAACCGUGCGGCGGCGGACAGAAGCAUGUUCAUAAUGCGGAUGAUGCUGAGCCUGUUUCCUUUGAUCCUUGUGAUCUGGAAUGGUGAGGCGCUACCCGUCCAAGACCAGCAAUCACACAACAAUGAGAUACUGGCCAAAGGUCAGGAGGACUUGUUGAAGAAGAUGAUGACGGAUAUGGCUGAGCUGAACCUCACCAGUAAAGAACUAGCUGAUCUUGACCCUGGAUUUCUGAAUGGCAAACUGGGAGAACAAUCUGUUUAUGAACCGACUCCUAAAUCUCCAUGCAAGCUGUUCUUCUGGAAGAGCUUCUCUUCGUGUUAAAACCCGGAAAACAGAACAGACACAGAUAAGUCUGUUGAAAUCUACAGUCCUGCCUUUACAGUUUGCCAGUCUCGCCAUAGUGAAAUCAACACGUAUCCAUAGGCUUCUGCUGUGCCUGUACUUUAUUUAAGGACCGUUAAAAGAAUGCAACGGGUUAUUGUUUGAUGUAAAACACAAAAAAUACAGUGGCCUUUUGCAUGUACACUUUCUACUGUUUGACAUCCAAGCCCAAAAUAAUGUAAUAAAUGUUCCACAAAUCCU